AUUCAUGUGUAAUAAACAAUUAAUAUUGAAACUGAAGUUGUAAAAUCAACAUCGAAGGAUAUGAGAACCUCUUCAAAAGGAUUUUUUUUCAAAAACUGUACGGGCUUAAGCGAUUUAUGUAAUUUAAAACAUUGCACGUUCACAAGCAUAAUUUUCAGCAAUCCAGAUGUCGUUAAACCAACAAAGUUUGAUUAUCUAAUUAUCAGUUAUCCCCUUCAAAAACAGGUUGUAGUUAGAUGCGUCUUUAUUAUUGGGGUGUAGAAAUUGUUUGAAAAUACAUGGUUUCAGUUUUGGGUGAGAUAAGUUUACAAAUAAAACACUUAAUUUCAUCAUAUUCGUUGUAUCAACUCACGGUUUAUCCCUCCUAACAUAGUAAAUGACAAGGUCAGAAUAAGCUAAAUUAAUUAUAUUUUUUAUUCUAAAAAACUUUAGGUGUGUGUGUGGGCCCUGAUCUUGGGCGAUGUUGGCUCCUGUUGUUCCUCUUCGUAUAUUUCGGGCAACUCUCACCUUGCUCAGCAAGGCUCCACUGAAACCAAAAGACUGAGAUAAGGCCGGGUAACGCCCGUGCACAGCUAUCUAGAUGUAUGCUGGCAUCUACUGGCUGAAAGGGGAACUGCACAAAGACUAUUGUUUACAUGUGGGCAUGGCUUUUUCUGUUGCUUUAUGACUCAGGUAGGACUCACGGAAUGUAGGGCUGAGAUAACACUGGGUUGAGAGAACAUUCGGCUGAGAUAACAUAGGGUUGAGAGAACAUAAGGUUGAGAGAACAUAAGGUUGAGAGAACAUUAGGCUGAGAGAACAUUGGGCUGAGAGAACAUAGGGCUGAGAGAACAUAGGGCUGAGGAAACAUAAGGUUGAGAGAACAAAGGACUGAGCUAACAUAGGACUAAGGGAACAAAGGACUGAUGUAACAUAGGAAUAAAGGAACAGAGCUCUGGGAACACAGGUCUUAGGAAAUAGAAUAUCAACACAGCGAAGCCUGAGGUAAACAAGUUGCUGGGUGUUUAUUUUGGUGCCUCAUACUUUGGCACAGAUCCGAACAUCUCCUCUUACUUUCCAAAAAUACCCUGGGCCGAAUUAAAUAGGUAGUGUGUUGGUGUGGUAAGACAUCGAAGGAAAGACCACAACUACUACCGCCAAGCUUCACUACCCAUCCAUCCAACAAACGACAUAAAGUCCCAUAGGAGGAAACCAUAAUUGAAUCAGCAGCAGUGGGAAUCAGAGAGUAUGCUGAGAUGCAAGGGCAGAGCAAGGCUGCGCCACAGUUUGACGCUGGCCUCUGGGUUGGUUGAAAAUCUGUGUUUCUCUGGCAUAGCGUACGGUUGGGUGUCACUGGUGUUUGUCCUGAAGACCGACGGCUACUUCAGUGACCUCUGUAAUAUCACUGUGAACUCCACAAAGUCCGGUGACAUCAUCAUGCUGUCAGAUGGGCAGCCUGGUAAUGACAUCAUACUGUAUGACUGUAGUGGACAGGAUGAACAGUUCUCCAUGGUCUUCACCGUCGCCUCCUUCUGUAUGAACGUCGUACGUUUCCCUCUGGGCUACGUCUUCGACCGCUAUGGCACACUGGCCACCAGGAUACUUGCCAUAUGUCUCUACACCACUGGGACCUUGUUGAUAGCCGUCUCAUGUCAAGAGCAUUCAGCAUUACUGUUUCCUGCCAUCUCGUGCCUGAUUACAUCUGGAAUGUUGUUCUACAUGACCAAUGUUCAGGUGGGGAACCUGUUCGACCGCCAUCGCUCCACGGUCAUAGCAGUCUACGCCGGGGCCUUUGAUUCCUCUGCCGCCGUCCUCCUCAUCGUCAAGGUGCUGUAUGAACGAGGGGUCUCCCUCCACGCUUCCUUUCUUGUUCUCGCCAACUGCAGUUUCAUCCACGUCUUCCGGACGUUGUUUCUCAUGCCCAAGACCCACAUCCCCUACCGACUCCCCGACGCGUACACUUACGGGGUGAGGUGCUGCGGUCGACGGGGAAACAGUGGGGAGGAGAGGAGAGAGGAGGUGGGAGGAGUGAGUAUGGCCCAGCCAAGAGCCAAGUAUAUGAAUUCCACAGAGAGCAACGAGGCAGAGGACACCAUGUUCCAGGGCAGAACUGGUCCUUCCAGACCUGACCACACUGAGCCAGUGGUUAGUUUUAGAAGCUGUGUCCUCUCCUGGUUCUUCCUGUGGCACCUGGUUUGGGUGAUUGUCAUGCAGUUCUGUCACUUCCUGUUCAUCGCCACGGUCAACCCCGUGCUCAACCAGCUGGCCAACAGAGACCAGACCCUGGUGAGUCAUUACACCAAUGCGUUUGCCUUCACCCAGCUGUGUGGGGUCCUCUGUGCUCCAUGGAACGGCCUGAUCCUGGACAGACACAAGGGGAAGCCUCUGGCCCCGGGAGAGACAAAUCGAGAAGCUGACCUGCGCUCCUCCUCCCUCUCCCUCUUCCUGACCUCCCUCCAGUGCCUCCUCUUCUACGUCUGUUUUUCCACUCCUCUCCUCCCUCUCCAGUACCUCACCUUCACCCUGCAGGUCCUCAACAGUGCCUUCAUCUACGGCGGACACCAAGCCUUCCUCACCAUCGCGUUUCCCAGCUGCCACUUCGGUAAGCUGUCAGGCCUGAUGACGUCUCUGUCCGCCCUGGUGCUGUUGCUCCAAUUCCCUGUCUUGCGCCUGAUCAAAGGCUUGCUGCGUGGAGAUCCGUUCCACGCCAACGUGUGUCUGACUGUCCUCACCCUCCUCACCUUCAUCCACCCUCUCCACGUUUACCUCCACUGCCGCUCUCUAGCCAAUCAGAGGAGGGCCAGGGCUAAACAGGAAGUGGCAAACUCAACUCAAAUCAGGUGUGACCUGUGCUCAGCAGAGAUGCCCUUAGUGUCCUGACUCUUUGUUGUGUCCCUCUCCUUUGACCACACAGGAAGUAGAAAACCGAGGUGGUGUCCCAAAUGGCACAUUAUUCUCUAUAGGCCUGGUCCAAAGUAGUGUACCACUGUAUGUGGGGAACAUAGUUGUCAUUUGAGACAAACAGGGGCCUAUGUAGUCUGCCUCUUCCUACCAUCUUGCUUUUCACUUGUCCUACAGAGGGCCAAUGUAUCUGAGACAUCCUUCACAUGUGGACAUUGCCACUGUUGGCCAAGCCAAAGGAGUAG